AUUACUCGCAUCCGUCGUCUGAAAGAGGAAAACAAAGCCAUUUUUAGUGGUUUCGCUCUCUCUCCCUCUCUCUAAAGAAGAGGCAUUCCCUUCGUCGGAGUGCGCUUCUGCUGAGUGUUUCUUUCGUUUUCUUUUGUUUGAAGUUUUGGAGUAAAGAGUGUUUCAAGCUUUUUAGUCAUAUUGGCUGCUUAACGACCCAAGGUAGCCUCGCCGGAUAUAGUUAUCAGGUGCUCAUCAUAAAAAAUGACUGUCACGCCAGGAAUUUCCAUCAACGAUGGGAACCUUGUGGUUCAUGGGAAGACCAUCCUCACUGGAAUACCUGAUAACAUAGUUUUGACCCCAGGAUCCGGUGUCGGGCUUGUUGCUGGUGCUUUUAUAGGUGCUACUGCUUCGGAUUGCAAAAGCCUUCAUGUCUUUCCAAUAGGUGUUUUAGAGGGCCUCCGGUUUAUGUGCUGUUUCCGUUUCAAACUAUGGUGGAUGACUCAGAGAAUGGGAACAUGCGGGAAAGAUGUCCCUUUGGAGACUCAAUUCAUGCUCGUAGAGAGCAAGGAAGAAGAUGAUCCUAAUGCCCCAACGAUCUACACUGUUUUCCUCCCUCUCCUUGAAGGCCAGUUCCGUGCUGUUCUUCAAGGCAAUGACAAGAAUGAGCUUGAAAUAUGCCUUGAGAGUGGUGAUAACACUGUUGAAACAAAUCGAGGCCUUUACCUUGUCUACAUGCAUGCUGGGACCAAUCCAUUUGAAGUUAUCAACCAGGCUGUAAAGGCUUUGGAGAAGCACAUGCAAACUUUCCUUCAUCGAGAGAAGAAGAAGUUGCCUUCAUUUCUUGAUUGGUUUGGCUGGUGCACCUGGGAUGCUUUCUACACUGAUGUCACUGCAGAGGGUGUUAAGGAAGGCCUCAAAAGUCUAUCAGAGGGAGGGACUCCACCUCGAUUUUUGAUCAUAGAUGAUGGUUGGCAGCAGAUUGAAAGUAAGCCCAAGGAGAGUGAUUGUGUUGUACAAGAAGGGGCGCAGUUUGCGAGUAGGUUGACUGGGAUUAAAGAGAAUGCGAAGUUCAAAAAGAAUGACCAAAACAACGAACAGAUCUCUGGCCUAAAACAUGUUGUAGACGAGGCCAAGCAGCAUCAUAAUGUGAAGAAUGUGUAUGUGUGGCAUGCUUUGGCUGGCUAUUGGGGUGGAGUCAAACCUGCAGCUGCUGGUAUGGAACAUUAUGAUACAGCAUUGGCAUAUCCUGUUCAGUCCCCAGGUGUGAUGGGCAACCAGCCGGAUAUAGUUAUGGACAGCCUUGCUGUUCAUGGCCUUGGUUUGGUGCAUCCGAAGAAGGUUUUCAACUUCUACAAUGAGCUUCAUGCCUACCUGGCUUCAUGUGGAGUUGAUGGUGUGAAGGUCGAUGUGCAAAACAUCAUCGAGACACUUGGUGCUGGACACGGUGGUAGAGUAUCUCUUACCCGCAGUUACGUUCAGGCCCUUGAAGCGUCAAUUUCCCGAAACUUCCCGGACAAUGGAUGCAUAGCAUGCAUGUGCCAUAACACUGAUGGAAUCUACAGCACCAAGCAGACCGCUGUUGUUAGAGCUUCUGAUGACUUUUAUCCUCGUGACCCUGCUUCACAUACUAUCCACAUUUCCUCAGUGGCUUACAACACUCUUUUCCUCGGAGAAUUUAUGCAACCUGAUUGGGAUAUGUUCCAUAGCUUACACCCAGCUGCAGAUUACCAUGCUGCUGCUCGUGCUGUUGGUGGAUGUGCUAUCUAUGUCAGUGAUAAGCCUGGCAACCACAAUUUCGAGCUCCUGAAGAAGCUGGUCCUUCCUGAUGGAUCAGUUCUCCGCACCCAAUUGCCUGGCAGGCCUACCGUUGACUGUCUUUUCGCUGAUCCGGCUAGAGACGGGAUUAGCUUACUCAAGAUUUGGAAUGUAAACAAGUGUUCCGGUGUGGUGGGUGUUUUUAACUGCCAAGGUGCUGGUUGGUGCAAGGUCACCAAGAAAACCCGAAUUCAUGAUGCAUCACCUGGUACACUUACAGGUUCUGUUUGUGCCAACGAUGUUGAUUCGAUCGCUCAGGUUGCCGGUGCGGACUGGAACGGGGAGAGUGUGGUUUAUGCUCAUAGAUCAGGAGAGCUGGUACGGUUACCUAAAGGUGCUUCAGUGCCGGUAACACUUAAGGUUCUCGAGUAUGAACUAUUCCACUUCUGUCCCGUCAAGGAAAUUUCCAACACCAUUUCAUUUGCACCAAUCGGCCUUCUUGACAUGUUCAACAGCAGCGGUGCCGUGGAGAAGUUCGAAGUACAAAUGACAUCCAAUGAGAAACUGCAGUUCUUUGAUGGCGAGGUUUCCUCGGAGUUGACAACUUCACUCAGCAACAACCGGAAUCCAACAGCAGCGAUCAGUCUCAAAGUCCGGGGUUGUGGGAGGUUUGGUGCAUACUCAUCUCAGCAUCCGUUGAAGUGUUGUGUGGACAAUGCCGACACUCACUUCAACUAUGACUCAGCCACCGGAUUGGUGACACUUACAUUGCCAGUGCCAUCGGAGGAGAUGUACAGAUGGCACGUAGAAAUUCAAGUCUAAGUUUAGCUUCAGGUUAUUUUAUUAGGCCAUCAUACUAAAAGUCAUUAUUGUAUUGAGGGAGAUUUCAUGGCUUUCUAGUCUAGUCUAGUCUAGUGGUAAUACGUAAUUGGGGUCCUCUACCGUGCUGUAGCUACUUUCUCUUAAAUAAAAUUGCCUCUCUCUCGAAAA